UGCAUCUUUUCCUCAAGUUGUCUCUGGAUGCUCCACUUCGAUGUAGAGUCGAGCUGUCCCAGUCCAGAGGCCUGUUUGGACGCCUUGAAAGCGACCGAAGCGGGACUGCCGGACAGAGAGAUCCGACGCUCAAGAUGAGAUUUUCGUUGUUAAUUUCUGUGCUGCGGUCGCUCGGCCCGGUGGUGAUCGGUAUUUCUUUAGGCUUCACGCUGAGUUUACUGAGCGUGAGCUGGUCGGAAGACGCGUGUUCUCCGGACAGUAAGGAAGGGGAGGCUGUGUCUUUAGGUAAGGAUGGACUGCUCAAAGGAGCCCGAAAGCCCAACUCUAUUUCUGCUGUCAACGAUGUGACGUCCGAAGAGGAUUUUCAACCAAGAAUAGUCCCGUACAAACAGAUCCAGCCGAGCGCCCCAAAGAAAGUUUUCAGGGCCAAGUACAUCAGCACGGAGUUGGGGAUGCGGGAGCGUCUGUUCGUCGGGGUCAUGACCUCCAAAAACACCAUUAACACCUUAGGUGUAGCUGUGAAUCGAACCAUCAGCCAUCAUCUGGACGCUGUGAUCUUCUUUACUGGCUCGCGCAGCCGCAAAAUCCCUCACGGCAUGUUUGUGGUUUCUCAUGGAGACGAGAGGCUGAUAUGGAACAUGUUCCAGACCAUCAAAUACAUUUUCGACCAUUACAUCAAUGAAUACGACUGGUUCUACUUUGUCCAAGAUGACGCCUACACUGAAGCCGACCGGAUCAAAGCCCUGGUGGAGCACUUGAGUAUGGAUCGAGAACUUUACAUGGGCAGGCCUGAGGAGUUCAUAGGUGGGGCGAUGGAAGGGAGGUACUGCUAUGGAGGGUUUGGGUACCUCCUGUCACGUAGCUUGCUGCUACGACUCCAGCCCUUCCUGGAAAAUUGUAGGAACGACAUCCUGAGCGCCCGGCCUGAUGAGUGGCUUGGACGAUGCAUCAUUGAUUACACCAGCAUAAACUGCGUUGGCAAAUAUGAGGGACUUCACUACCACCAUUACGAGUUGGCAAAAAACUCAGAUCCAAGCAAAGAACAGAGUGAAGAGUUUAAGAAAGCCCUGACCGUCCAUCCAGUGUCUGACCCGGAGCAGAUGUACCGCCUGCACAGAUUCUUCACUGAGAUUGAACUCCAGAAGACUUAUGAUGAGAUUGCUAAGCUGCAGGCAGAAAUAAAGAAUGUGAGUGUUGUUGCUUUUGAGGGGAACCGAAGCGCCCAGUGGCCAGUGGGGAUCAAUCCUCCUUUUGAACCAAAGUCUCGGUUUGAAGUUCUGAAAUGGGAAUACUUCACAGAGGAGGAGAUUUAUUCGUGCAUCGAUGACUCACCCAAGUGCGAGUUGCGUGGCAUUGACCGCAUGGACGUGGCGGAUGUCAUUGACACCGCCAUAGGAGAGCUGAACAAGAAGUACAUGCCCACUAUACACUUAAAGAAGCAGCAACUGAUUAAUGGCUACAGACGCUUUGACCCCAUUAGGGGGAUGGAGUACACCUUAGACCUUCAGCUGGAGGCUGUUAAUCAGAAAGGUCACAGCCGCUCCAUCACAAAGAGGGUUCAUCUGGUGCGACCUUUGAGCCAGAUAGAGAUCAUUCCCAUGCCAUAUGUCACUGAAGCUACAAGGGUCCACAUUAUUAUACCGCUUACUCUGCAGGACCGAAGCUACGUCGAUCACUUUCUUGAAGUCUUUGCCUCGAAUGCCUUUGAGACCAGCGAAAAUGCAAUCCUAACCUUCUUGUUUAUUUAUGACCCAGUGGAGGCCCAACAAGUUAGCCAGAAUGAUAUAUUUGCCAGCGUGAAGUCUCAGAUAACCGUUUAUGAACGCAAAUACCCUGCAGUGAAAAUCCCGUGGAUCAGUGUUAAGACGGAAACGCCAUCCCAGAUCAAAUUCAUGGACAUCAUCUCAAAGAAGCACCCCGUCGACACGCUCUUCUUCCUGGCUGAAGUCAACACAAACAUCAAUUCGGAGUUUCUGAAUCGCUGUCGCAUGAAUGCCAUAAACAAUUGGCAAGUAUUCUUCCCCAUUCAUUUUCAGGAGUACAACCCCGACGUGGCUUAUCACAACCAGCCACAUCCAGACACACUUGAUCUGGUCAAGGACGCGGGCCUUUUUGACCGCAGGUCGUUUGAUGAAACGUGCUUCUACAACUCGGACUACAUGACAACGCGCAGUCGGAUGGUGGCGGACGUCCAAGAAAACGAGGAGAUUCUAGAGAACAUGGAUAUCUACGAAAUGUUCGUAAAGUAUUCAGGUCUGCACGUAUUCAGGGCAAUAGAGCCAGCGUUACGCCAGCAAUACCGUUAUGAAGUCUGCAACCCAAGACUCAGUGAGGACAUCUAUCACAGAUGUGUUCAGAGCAACUUGGAGAGUAUCGGUUCUCGCUCCCAACUUGCCAUGCUGCUUUUUGAGCAAGAGCACGGAAACAGCACUUAAAAAACAGCAGUGAAACCUGUGCUCCUGCACGUUCGCUAAAAAAGUCUUGAGGCUUGAAUUUAGGGUGAAGAGGGCAACCAUUGUGCCACCACCCAUCGCUUAAACUUUUUACCAAGUAUAACUCCUGCUUAGGGGUGUAGGUGACUUUUAGUCACCAGGUCAGGUAACACAAGUGAUUGUCUCUGUCUUCCUGUGUGCAUUAAGGGCAGUUUGGAUAUAUAAAUGCAGUACACUCGCAAUGAAACCUUUUCAUAUAGUUUUAAUGAUUGCGUCAAGCAGGCUUUGACCACUAGGGGGCAGAAACUUUGCAGUAUUGACUUGAUUGUUAUGAUUCAGACGUCCAAUGCAUUCAGUGGGAUUUAUAACCUUGAUUUUGGUUCGCAACACUUGGAUGUAACACUUGUGCUUUUGACUAUUUUGAAUACAACAGGCAUGAUUGAGCUGAUGUACUGGCUGCAGCUGCUCGACUAAACGAACCAAAACAAGUUGCAAAAACUUUCAGUAUGUUGUUGCUUUUUCAGCGGGAAUGUCCUUUAAUUUAAUGUCGAUAUCAAAGGUAUUUUAAAGCGGAGCGGUUUAUAAUUUUUUUUUUUCUACUGGUAACCUAUGUGUCCCUUCACAAGGGGGCACUGAAGUGUUGCACUUUGGUAAAUACUCAAAUCAGUAAAUAUCAAAAGUGCAUCUUUGCAUAUGUGCCUUGACAAAAAUGACUCCACGAGGUAUUGUACAUCUAUAUAUUUUUUUAGAUUUAUGAAUAAAAUCAAUAACGCUUUGGAUAAAUGGGAGGUGUUACCUUUCACUGUGCAUGAAGCCUGAUACAGCGGUGGUUAUCGCAGAAAUGUCAGACCACCAGCUAUCCACAGGCUGCACAUGUGCCUCAAAGCAGGGAAUGGAGCUUCUGAGAAAUUGCUGCUGGAACUUUUAUAUAAUAGAUACAAACCUUUAUUUUUAUGUAGGCCAGCAUUGUGUUUUUAAGUUAUUCAGAGGUUGUCUACUUGUAAGUUUUCCAAGAAAACUUGCUUGCAUGAGGCAGUAGAUGAGGGCGAGGGCUCAUUAUUAAAUGCUUGUAGCGAGUCCCUUUUGAAAUGUACGGUACUUUUUAAAUUAGAAUCGAAUUAGUUUAGUAACAGCUGAAAUAAAGAAUGUAUGAAGACAUUUCACCAGGUGUAGGCAGUCUGAGAACUCCAAAAGAAACUGUUUUUGUUUUGCUUUUUUUUUUUAAAAGAAUUUCAACUGUGUUGUUAAGAUAUUGUAAGUCACUGGUUGGUAUCAUUGUCCUCCCAUGCGGUGUGCUCAGUUACACAAAUGGCUGCUUUCUCCCAGUUGUAACGCUGCCCAAUGGGGGUCUUUUCUGGUGGAGGUAGCGGUACUGGACACCAUAAUGUCGUUGAGUAUAUUAUAAUGUGCAAUAUUACAGAUAACACAGCUGAAUAUGUCUGAUGGAAGACUUUUCAUUUGAAAGCAGUGUGUAUAUCAAAAUACUGUACGUGACUCAUUCUUUCUGUUUGAUACGAAGUAAAUACACUGUAAUUUCUUAUGACAAGACCUUUUAAUGUAUUUUCUCUGACACUAGACACUUUUCAUCAUCCGGUUUACUUGGAAAUACAUAAAAUCAAGGCAAGUCCUGUUAUUUAACUGUAAUUGGAUUUGAUGUAUAUGUUGGAAACACUACAUCCACUUUGGUGGUCCUGAAAGGUGUUUUCUGUAUCGUCUGCCAUGUGAACAUUUUUUUUUUUUUCCCCGACGCGUCUUUUUUCAAGAUGAGUCUUUCUUUUUACCAUUACGGUGCACCAGCUUGUAUGAAUGUUCGUCUUAAUCCUUUGAAGAGUACGAUGCUAAUAAUGUGCAUAAUUGAAAAUAUAAUCUUCCCAAAAAAAAAAAAAAACCCACUGUGAAAGAUUGCUGAAAGUGCUGAGAUUACAAUAUGAAGUUAUUGUGGUGAUCUGCGUCGUCUUUGCCUUCUGCAGACGCGAGAAGCCCAAAAUUAAAGGAGCGGGCAGAUUAAUUAUCGCAUCCGUCAUCGCCGAGCGCAGUCUCUUAAGUAUUUUGUCCAUAAUUUAUUCAAUCUGUCAUAUCUCCUAAAUUAUGCAUCUUCUAAACACUUCAGCACUAACAGAGGCUUCCAUGACAUUUUCAGCGCAUCUAUAAAUAUUUUAUAGACACUCUAUUUUUAAACCUUUUUUUUUUUUUUUUAAAGCUUUAUUUACACUGCAGUUUCUAUUUUAUUAUUUUGUGACAGAAUCAAGUAUCUGCUUUGUCCUUGUGCUUUCAAACAGAAACUAAAUUCACUUUGGAUCAAGCAAAUUAUUUAAAAUAAAACAUUUUUUUUUCUUUAAAAUUUUCCAUUGCUGAUUGAACCUGUUGGUUUACAGUGUUCAGUGCACGUGGGUACUUGUAAAACCAAAGCAAUACGUUUCAAUUUAAAAAGUUCAUCACAUCCAAAUAUGUGCUGUAAUUACCAAUAAGCUGUGAAUUGUAAUUUUGUUUUUUGUUUUUUAAAUAAAGGAUGUUUAAAUAUGA